AUGGACUCAUUGGGUACUAAACGUUCCAAAUCCGAGUCGGAUCAUGACGACGAACACUUCACGUUGCAGGCGUGGAUUGACGAUGUUGCACUAACACCGAAUGCCGGCGGCAUUCUCACCACUGCAGGGAAGGUCCUCGAGGCAGUACAUCCAGAAGAAACUCUCAAUAAUGCCCACGUAGAUUGCCCAGGCGAGAAAUAUUUACGCUUGGAUUGUAGCGACAUGGAAGGACGCGGUAAGGACAAAAUUGCCGCACCAAUACCCAACGCCGCAGGCUUUCCAACCACAAGCAGGAAGGCUACCACGCUCUCUGGACUGCCUCUUCGCAAAGAUGCAGCGGUGGCGAAAGAAUAUCAGCAAGAUGGAGAUCAUGAUAUCUACCCUGACUGGGAUGGCGUCUCCGGUUUAGACAUCCAGGACAACCUAGAGUCACAAUCAGCCGGCGAUACUGGCUUCAAACGCACGCUUGAGGGGGUUUCAGGCCGCGAACAUGAUGAUAAUCCAGCUAACGGGAGUAAAUAUAGAUCUAUCGCGGAGGGUAACACUGGAAAAUGUAAGGACAAGGACAAGGAUGGCGACCGUGAGACGAUCUUACCACCUGAACACGUUCAAGACGAAGGUAAGAGGGUGGGGGAGCGAGAGGAAUAUGGGCAAGAAUAUAGCAAGGAUGAGCAGGCCGACGGGCCAAAAGAAGACGAGCCAGGAGAGAAUUCCGCCGAUUCCAACGAUUCCGACGAUUCCGACGAUUCUAACGACUCCACUGAGUACGGCCCCGACGGAGAGGAAGUCGGCAAGACACGGCCAGCCAACGGCAGUACUAAAACCGCGACGAGAACUGUGGUUUCUAGCUCCCACAUCGUCACUUUCAACAAGGUCCUAGCGCCUAAGGCGGUAAAUCCAGACCCCUUGUAUUCGGGUAUCAUCAAAGAUAACGGUAAUGACGGGCUAGCAUAUGUAUCAAAAUCCCACCCAGGCGAACAUCUCGCCAAUAACGUUGCAACUGAGCAGCCUCUUACCUCCCCUUGUUCUUUGCUGGAUGUUGGAAAGUCUUUCGCCAGUUCCCCAACUAUGCCCUCCAGCACUAGAGAGGGUCCCGCUGGCGUGCCACUUAUGAUUAUUAGAGCUAGAAAGUAUGUCUCCGGCCUCGUUCAUCCCAAACAGACUGUAGGAGAACCCGAAUUCAAUCGAACGGGUGUAGCUAUCCCUAAGAACCCCAGCGAUAAAAUGUCUAUCUCGAAAACAGCCUCACUCACGCUAUCUAUGACAGUGCGAGCAGCCCGUGGAGUAGCUGCACCAAAGGCUGCACUAAAGAAACGUUCAAAAAUCCCACAGAUUGAUAGGCCUUGGAGCGUUCAGACGUUUAAGGCCAAGGCAAAUUUCGCUAUGUUGCUCGAUCUGGUAGAGUCCUUUGGCGAGGAUAGGAAGUCUUGGGAGAAUGUCAAUGACAAGGCUAUACUUGGACAGUACUUGCACCAUAGACAGGUAGAGUUUGAGAAGGCGGAUACUGCAAAGAGGAAGCAGCUUGCAAAAAUCAAGGCAAAAGAAAGGCUCCAGAUAAAGGGGACGAAGUAG